UCGAAGACAUCGGAGCCUGGGUCCAGCACUCACGGUUUGAGGAAGUCGGCUCCCCGAGGCAUUUCCCCCUUUCACGCCGUCCACUUUCUCUUUCACACGCAGCCCAGGCCGAGAGCGACUGGGGGGAAGGAUCUGCCCCGUGAUGCAGACAGAAACUUCCCUGGCUCCACACGUCACCCUGCGUCACACGGUGCGGGGGCCGCGGGGCUCUGCCUGCCAUCACCCGGCUGCCGCCCGGGGACCGGCCUCCAGACGGGGCUGCGCGCGGGCGGAGGAUGGCGGACGGCGACUUUGGGUACGUUCUCAUGCUGGCCCAGGACUACAUGAAGCAUGUCCUGCAGGUGACCCAGCCCGGGGCCCCGCCGAGCCGAGCCUCCGAGCUGCUCCAGGACAUGGCCUUCUCCGUCCAGGGGGAGGUCGAGAAGAAGCUGCAGCCGUGUCUGGACAGGUUCAACGUGGCGUCGGUAGAUGCCGCCAGGACAGUAUUCCACCAAGUGAUGGAGAAGGAAUUUGAAGACGGCGUCAUUAACUGGGGAAGGAUUGUGACCAUAUUUGCGUUCGAGGGCAUUCUCAUCAAGAAGAUUCUCCAGGAGCGAGUUGCCCCCGACGUGGAUACGGUUAAGAUUUCCUACUUUGUGGCCGAGUUCGUCAUGCAGCACACAGGAGAAUGGAUCAGGCGAAACGGAGGCUGGGAAAAUGGCUUUGUAAGGAAGUUCGAACCCAAGUCUGGCUGGCUGACUUUUCUGGAAGUCACAGGAAGGAUCUGUGAAAUACUAUCGCUCCUGAAGCAGUACUACUGACCGGCCAGAAGAAGCGAACGCUCCGGAUUGUGAAACCUGCCUAGUUUUCACAGCACUCACUCCCGCCGAGCAAACAACCUGGGUGAUGUAAAUCGAUCUUGCAGAGUUACGGGAAUUUUGUUCUCGUUUUGAUGAAUAAAUUGUAUUUGUCUCAGUA